UGUUAUGGCACAAAGCAGUAUCUUUCGCAGACUUUGAGACUAUCGAUUGACACAAUCUUCUUUCUUACGGUACGAUAGACGACGAAAACAAGAGGAAACAGAAACCAAACCAAACCAAACCAAUUGAAACAAAAAAAAACGAACCAUGAAGGUAUCUGGCGAUAGAAGGAAAUGGACGACGCUUUUGGCAGCAGCAGCGGCAUGGUCCCGGCUCCCGGUGGCGGAUGCCUCGGGUUCCACCGCGGAGAACGCGGCCCCCGUUCCCACCCUGCUCCGCACGGCCCGGCGUGACACGCCGCCGCUCCAGAUCUACGUCCUGGUCGGCCAGUCCAACAUGCAGGGCCACGGGUACGUGGACGCCAGGGAGGAGGACGGGGCCUCCUUUCGGAACGGAACCCUCGAGUGGAUGGUGGAAACCUACCCUUCCGCCUACGGCAGGCUCAAAAACAAGGACGGCACGGCCUGGGCCGUCCGGGACGACGUCUAUGUUGCCUACAACCGCCAGGACGGGGGGACCGUCCGGCCGGAGUGGAGCACGUCGCACGGCUUUCUCACCGCCGGCUUUGGCGGGGAUCCCGGCCAGGAGGGCCACCAGAUGGGCCCGGAGCUGGGCUUUGGCUGGGCGGUCGGGGACCACCACUCGAGCGAGCGAAGCGAGCACCAGGCCGGUGCUCGUGCUUCCCCCCCGGCGGUCCUCCUCCUCAAGGUGGCCUGGGGCGGCAAGAGCCUGGCGGUGGACUUUCGGCCCCCCUCGUCGGGGGGGACCACCGGGCUGUACUACGAGGCGGUCCUCGCCACCGUCUGGAGGGCCCUGGGCUCGCUAGAGGGAGUGAUCCCGGGCCAGUGGCCCGGCCGGACCUACGAGCUGGCCGGCUUUGCCUGGCACCAGGGCUGGAACGACGGCUGCAACAAAACCAUGGCGGCCGAGUACGAGUCCAACCUCGCCAACCUCGUCAGGGACGUCCGGGCCGACCUGGGGGUUCCGGACCUGCCCUUUGUGGUCGGCGUCUCGGGGAUGAAUGGCUGGAAGAACCGCACGCAAACACAAACACAAAUUCAAACACAAAUGCAAACACGAACCCAAGCAGAGGCACUCGUCGACGGCCAGCUGGCGGUGGUCAUCGACGCCCAGCUGGCGGUGGGCAACCCCUCGGUCUACCCGGAAUUUGCCGGUACCGUGGAAAGCGUCGAGACCCGGGGUUUUUUCCGGGAACCCAGGCCGGCCUCGCCGGGGGACCAGGUCUACCACUGGAACAACAACUGCGAGUCCUACUGGAAGGUCGGGGCCGCCAUGGGGGAGGCCAUGAUCGGCCUGCUGCGAACGAAACCAAAGCACGGGCUCCUACCACGCCACCAAGCAAAACAGGUACAUGAGUUGUUGAGCAGAUAGCGCAUACAAACACUAUUUCUUUUUUGCUAAAGUACAUGCACCUCAAACUAAAUAUAAAGCGCACAG